AUGCGGAUCCCAAUUCUUCUCCUCAAAACUCGAUCAUCCCCAAAUGACGGCUACGACGAAUUCUUCAACGCAAACAAUUACACUCCAACCUUCGUCCCCGUUUUAGAACACCGCUUCAAUGACAAAAACCUAGUCCACGUGCGCUCACUCUUCGCGACCGGCGCAUUCAAUGCCUCAGACAAUACCAAUUCCAUUUCCAAUCCCAAAACCCCCAGCCCCAAAUACGGCGGCAUGAUAUUCACAAGCCAACGCGCCGUCGAAGGCUUCGCAAACAUGAUCUCCCAACACGGCCUCCCACCCCCAUCGCAAGAUAUCCCCCUCUACACCGUCGGCCCCGCCACAGCACGAACACUCACAACCCUCCGCAACGCACACCUCCCCUCAUCCACAAUCCACGGCGCAGACACAGGAACAGGCGAGAAACUAGCCCAUCUCAUGCUACAGCAUUAUAAUACCCUCUACACCGAAGAGAAAGAGAACCCGACACUCUUAUUCUUGGUCGGUGAGCAGCGGCGGGAUAUUAUUCCUAAAACACUCAUGGAUCCGAAUCUACCGCAUAAUAUGCGGAUUCCGGUAGAUGAGCUUGUUGUCUAUGAGACCGGGGAGAUGGGGUCUUUUGAGGGAGAUUUUAGGAGGGUGGUUGAGUUAGCUGAGGGUAAGGGUGAGGGGGUGACAUGGGUUGUGGUGUUUUCGCCGAGUGGAUGUGAGGCUAUGUUGCGUGUUCUAGAGUUAGGACCGUAUGCGAAGGAUGAUGGUGAUGGGAAUGGGAAUGUAUUUGUUGCGACGAUUGGACCUACGACUAGAGACCAUCUGAGGGGUCUUGGCUUUGAGCCGCAUGUCUGUGCGGAGAAGCCUAGUCCUGAGGGGGUGGGGGAGGGUAUCAAAAGGUUUAUGGAGCAGAGGGCUUUGAAUUAG